UGAAUGGUUAACUCCACCCCUCCUCCCCCACCUCCUUCCUGUUUGCGCUCCGCUGCCCAGUCUCAUACUAUGACAUUUUACGUCAGAGUGCAGCUGCAGCCAAUCAGGAGAUCCGGGCUGCCCCCUCUGGAGCUUGACUCCACCCCUCCUUCUGGCCACAUAUAUAGCAGCACUCAUUCUGUCUGCUCGAGUGUUCAACGUGCUGCCGUGUGCUCGAGAGACAGAGAGCCGUGGCACUGACAAACCCACAGACAUUGUGAGAGGAUCUCCACAUUUCCUUGCCUAAAUUGCCUUUCCUCCCAGAGCAUCUCGCUCAUACUGAGCGCAUCUUUAUUGUUGAGUUCCCAGCAUCCAGUUGCAAGAUGGGAUGCACCACGGGGCACUUCACUUGCCAACCACAGACGACGACUGCCCCAACCCUGGAAGGCCAGUCACAAGAAGGAGCACCCAAAGUCCCAGAGGUGCUGUCAUCCCUAGAGCGGCUCUCGCAAGCCACGGGAGGGAUGGAGAAGUCUUGGUACCGCUGCAUCUUUCCAUUUGGGAUAAUCUCACUGGUGAUCGGAGUGGCUGGAACUGGAGUGACGUACACAUACAACGAUCUCCCGCAGACCAAGGUGGUUUCUGUGAUCCUGUUGAUCGUGGGGCUGGUCCUGGUACUGAUGGCGACCACUUGCUGGACGGUCCACAAGAAGAAGCGCAGGAAAAAGAAGGAAGGUGGUUCCUUCAGCUCCGAACAGUGUCCCUUGUGAGAGAGAGCCCCCCAAAAAAAACGAGAUCUCCGUCCACUCAGGUAUCUGUGGUGGACAAGUCACGAAGGACAGGUCCUCUCUGAGAAUCCCAUGGAAAAUACGGCGCAAGGCUGGCAUGAGGGUUCACCAGAGUCACGCAAUCAGUUUACCGUCGCUCAGCAGGUGUCUGGUAUCAAAACAAGCCUGGAGAGGGACACACACUCCAGCACACACACAGGACACUUAACACUAGCUGCGAGCCUCUCGCGGAGCCUCUGCUGCCGUCAACGCCACUGACAGUCUCCUGCAUUCCUGUGACGCCGAAGAAGUGGGCCAGCGGUGGCAACCGGACACCGCAACGAAAGAGGAGUUCACCUCCGUCACCAUCGCACGUCAUUCGCCCGUCCGGUGACACCGUAGCAAUGCGCAAGCUUUUUUACGGAGUGGAACUUGAACCUGCGUCUGCUAGCUAGAACCGGCAGCUGCGGAUCAGGAUAGGAAGAAAGCACGGACUGGAGAGGUCGAGAAUGUGUCCGUCUGCAUGUGUGUGUGUGCGUAAUAUGUGUGCUGGAUGGACUAGAGAGACAAGACACCUGCUCGGCCUCUUUUGCUGUCAGCCCUCCGUCAAUUGUAGCCGCUAAUUAUUUAGGACAGGGGUGCAGCACCUGAUAUGAAGGACGCAAAGACCCAAGCUUGAUUUAUUGGGAAUUUUACACAGUGUACAGUGUAUUGAAGGAGAUUUGCAUUGGAUUGUGUGUGUGCCCGUGUGUGUGUAUCUGAUUCUAUCUGGCAAAUCCAGGACUCUUCAAGGACCUCAUAUAGUCGGUAUUUGGAAAAACAACCACAGAGGAAUUUUAUAACAGAUACGGUUCAGAGAAAGGCAAGCAAACCGAAGGGCCUUUUGUUCUGAGACAGCCAGAAAAGAAAAUUCAUUUCCUGUCUUACAGAUGAGCAUGAUUAUUAAGGGGGAGGGGGAGGGGGUUCAAGAUGCCACAAGGGUACACUAGAAGUCAAAAGUGUCAGUAAAGUUUUGUUCUUGUUUCAGUGCCUUGAGCAAGCGUUAGGACUUAUCAUGGUACAGUAGCUAUGUUUUACCCCUCCGUUUCUCUUUUCCUCUUCCAGUGCCAGCUUUAAAACUCAAACUCAGCUAUUUUAGCAAGGUCUCCUCGCCCCAAAAAACAACACACAUGAAUACGUCGUCACUUUGACCUGGUCAGAGCCCACAAAGGCUGGAGCUUACAUCCGUUUUCACAAUGGGAAUUCUGCUUAUUUACACUGCCUUGAUCUGGGAAGCAUUUGGCACGUUUUGUUAUGGAUACAGUGGGUGGGUAACAGAUAAUGAAUUAAAGGGACAGGUCAGCUAAAAAUGAAACUUCUGUCAUCCUUGUGUCGUUCCAAGUUGACUGUAUGACUUACUUUCUUCUGAGGAAGACAAAAUAAUGUAUUUUGAAACUCGGUGGGGUCCAAAAAAACUCUUUUGAUGUUCUGUGCAUGAAAAAAAAGUUCCACGGCAGAAAGGAAGUCGUACCAAGUUGAGGAUGAGGAAAUAAUGACAGAAUUUUCCCUUUUUUUGGGAAGGUUUAGCCUUCAGAUGUUUUAUAAAUCGUUAAUACUAAAAUUCGGAGACGGACAAAAAUCCAUACCAAUUCAAAGGUUAAUACCCUUUCCCUUUCGCUAAAAGCUUAUCAAUUGAGAUGUUUCCACCGUGUUGAGGAGUGGAUUUGAGAAUCCUUGUGCACGAGAGAAAAAAGAGAGACAGCAUUAACAGCCUUGAGUACUUAAAAAAGGCUGUUUUUGAAGCAUUUAGCUGUUAGCAAAUGUGCUAAGCUUGCAUUGCUGGACUUGUUUGAGCCCUGAGGAAGAUUUUAUUGCUCCUUCAUAGUUCAGGAGAUUUCAUUCUCAGUUGUGUCUCCUAAAAUUACUUUAAAGAAAUAAAAAUGUACACAAAUUCAGACAACUGUUAAAAUACAACUAGUGCAUAGAGCUAUAAAACUAAUCUGGAUAUCUGAAAUAACUGCUCUCGCAAGAAAACAUUUGUGUUGUUUUUGCUUUUUGGUUGCACAUUUUGAGAAAACAAGAAUGAAAUUACUGGCUCAUUUUC